AAAAGUUAUCAUUCACAGGCUAAGGAAGUGAACCGAACAUGCGAAGCCUCCUCGUAUUUGCGGGUGUGAUAGCCUUCGUGGCAUUAUGUAGCUGUAGGGAAAUUCAGAAAAGGGAGGCGGAUUUAGAAACUGCCGCGUCCCAUCACGGCCAUGGUCACGGAGGUGGCUGGGAUAAGGGUGGCGGUCAUGAACAUCACGGACACCACCACCACGGCGGCGAGCACCACGACCACAAAGGGCACAAGGGACACCACGGCCACCAUCACGGUCAUCACGGCCAUCACGAUCACCACGGCCAUAAGGGACACCACGACGAACACGGCGGUCACAAGAAACACCACCACCACGACGAGGGAUAUCACCAUCAUCACGAUCACGGCGAGAAGGGCGAUCACGGCCACGGCCACGAGGAGCAUGGGCACUGGCACAAGGGACACGACACCAAAGGCCACCACGAAGUGGACAAACUCGACGAGUUCAAGAAAGACAAGCACUUCCAUGACCACCACGGCGAGAAAGGAUUCCAUGAGCAUCACGGUGGUCAUCACCACGAAGGAGAGUACAAGAAGGGAGGCCAUCACCACAAGGGACACAAACACGGCGGCCACCAUCAUCACGAUCAUGGUCAUAAGGGACAUCACGAGAAGGGAGGACACCAUCACCACCACAAGGGACACCACGACGAGGGCGGCCACCACGAGCACCACCACCACCACCACGACCACGGACACAAGGGAGACCAUGGAGACCAUAAGCACUGGGGUUACAAAAAGGGACACUAAACUAUUCUUGCCCACCCUUGACUUAUUGUUGUUUGUUGACGUGUUUUAUUAUGUUUAUAUGACAAAGAAAUAUAUUUUAUAGAAAAAUACCUGUGUUUCACAAUUAAUUAUAAUUAUUUAGUUUGAA